AUGCUCAACUUUCUAAGGAGCUGGAAGAUGUGUCCCAAAGUGGCCACACCAUAUUACAUCCCUGAUGGCGGCUGGUGGGCCCAGUGUCAUCUCCGCAUCUCCAAGAGUGAAAGAACAAAGGAUGAUGCAAUCAAAAAGGAAGGACCGUACAAGAUCUUUUUCAAAGAUCUCUUCCUUUUCAAGGAAAAUGAAAUGGCUGCAAAGGAAAAGGAAAGAAUCAUGAACCGCAGCAUGAAAAUCUACCAAAAGACUACAUUUUCAUCUCGCAUGAAGAGUCGCUCGCACCUCAGCCAGCUGGCUUUUUUUGCUGACGUAGGUGGCGGCUCCCUCGAAAGUCUGGGACUAGAUCCCACUCUUAUUCUCAGACUGACAGAAGGUGCUGACAGAAAGAGGACUGUGCACGAGUUUAUUAAUGACGAGAGAGACAGAUUUCUACUUGAGUAUGCAGUGUCAACCAAGAAAAGCACAAUUCAAAAGUUUGAAAAACUCAUAGCCUUGAAAGAAAGUCAACUCAGGAAGGCCGAGAAAAAGCUCCAAGAUGAUGCACUAGCCUUUGAAGAGUUCCUUCGGGAAAACGACCAGAGAUCUGUUGAUGCUCUGAAAAUGGCAGCACAAGAAACAUUAAACAAACUCCAAAUGACAACAGAGCUCAAGAAAGCAAGCAUGGAAGUGCAAGCAGUAAAGAGUGAAAUAGCCAAAACCGAAUUCCUCCUCAAGGAGUACAUGAAAUACGGAUUUUUCCUGCUGAAGUUAUCUCCAAAACACUGGCAAGCGCAGCAAUCACAAAAACGAGCUCAGGCAUCAAGGAGUAACCCCAUUCUCCCAAGACUCUUAGACAAAUUUUCGUUAAGUUCAAGUAGAAAAGAGAACAGCGCCGAAUCGGACAGCGUAUCUUUCUCCGAAGACAAAAAAACGAGCCCAGGUGAGAGCCAAGGACGGAUAUCGAGGAAAUCUAAUCUCGGCACAGAUUCUAGGAAGACUUCCUUCUUCAAUCGGGCUGAAAGCGUAGCCUCAGAGGACAGUUUGGAGUUCUUUCUAGAAGACGAGCAGUUGGAAUUCGAUCUGAUGCCGGAGAUUUACUUCAAAGAGCCAGAAGAGUUGCUCCAGGUCCUCACAGAGCUGGAGGAACAGAAUCUCACUUUGGUCCAGUAUUCCCAAGAUGUGGAUGAGAAUCUCGACGAUGUCAACAAAAGAGAAAAGUUUAUCCAGGAUAAGAUAAACAACAACAUUGAUUUCCUGAUGGAACACAAGAAGAUACUUAAAAACAACUGUGAGCGAGAGGAGGAAAAGGCAGCAGAGUUGGAGCUGAGGUCCAGGCUCUUCAGUUUUGGAGAAUUCAAUUCGGAUGCUCAGAAGUUCGCAGCCCUGAGGCAGGAACGUGCAUGGAAAACGCUUUACUUUGCUGAGAAGUUUAUUGAGUCCCUCUUGGCGAAUAUCAGCUAGCCACUGGAGAUAAAGGAUGAUCUCUUACAUAUCCCGAGUUACUACCAGCUCAAGAGACUGCAACAUCAAGUUAAACAGCGCAGUAGCGAGGAAAAGCUGAUAGACUCACUUAGUAAAAAGAUCAAUCAAGUAUACAGAGUCUGCAUCGGAGAUGCUGAGGUUGGCAGCUUGAAUGCAGUUCAAAAACUGGUCAAAGUAGAGUCUCGCCUGGUGGAACUCAGUGACCUCAUUGAAUCUAUUCCUAAAGAAAACGUGGAAGCAAUUGAAAGGAUCAAACAGAAGGAACGACGGCAAAAGUUGCGUGACGAGAAGAUGAAAGAGAAGCAAAGACACCAGGAGGAGCGGCUAAAAGCUGCUCUGGAAAGAGCAGUAGCACAACCCAAGAAGAAGCUGGGAAGACGACUGGUGUACCGUUCAAAACCUCCAUCUGCUACCAAGCAUGAGCUACUUUUAGUCGGUGAUACAAGAACAAAAUCACUGGAGGAAGAGUAUUUUUUUAGUUGAACAGGAGCAUGAAGACAUUUAAUUAGCAAAUGUUUUAUGUGAAUGUUGGCAUUCAGUGAUGGAAUACUGUCCUAACAAAUUCCAGGAAGGCAGACCUUUAUCCUGAGGUUUAUAGGAGUAUGAAUGGCAAUUG